CGUGACGCACGUCAUCGCUGCGUCCGGCAACAAGAUGGCGGCGGCGGCAGGGGUGGCUCCGGUCCAGGCGCGCUUCGUCGCCUCCAAGGAGCAGUUCCACGCCUACCUGAGGGCCAGCGGCAAGCAUGGAGACGGAGAGGCUGAGGACGAGGAGGAGGAGGAGGAAGAGGCUGGCAGCGAGCAGAGCGAACCCCCUGCGAAACGAGGGAGGCUGAGCGAGCACGGCCUGGGUGCAGAGAGCCAAGAGGGCGCUGGGGAAGGGGAGGAGGUGCCCGCGGAGAGGAAGCGAGCCCGGGGGCAGAACAAGAGCAGGCCAUGCAUGAAGCCGAACCACUACGAGAAGAGCAGGCUGUGCCCAUCAGUAAUGCAGGGCUGUGCAGACAAGUGCUUCUUUGGCCCACGGUGCCGCUUCCUUCAUGACAUCAGUGAAUACAUGGCCACGAAGCCGGCUGACCUAGGGCACAGCUGCGUGCUCUUUGAAACCUUUGGCAAGUGCGUUUAUGGCGUCACCUGCCGUUUUGCCAAGGCCCACCUCGGGGAUGGCUACCAAAACAUCAUCAACACAGACCUGACCAAGCAGUGGGAGGGGAAGUCACUGGUGAGAAACAACCUCUCCAAGGACCUCCAGCAACAGCUGCGCAAGAAGAAAUUUAGCUUCAAGAAGGCUGAUGAGUACCUCCGCAGUCUGGCCAAGCCCCACAACAACGGUGGGAAGGGAGGCAAAGCCCUGGGGUGCUCUGCAGAGGAUCAAGAGGUGUCCAACUGCACAACGCCCCAGGAAGGCCUGGGAGACACCUCAGAAUGUCUGGUGCUACCAGAGGAGGGAGGAGAUCACAAACCAGCUGCCUUGCAGAAUCCCGUCCCCACAGAGGGUGAGGGGGGAUGUCCCAUCAAAACAGCUGGCUUGGUGACAGAUGAAGACGUUGUAAAGCUGCGGCCAUGUGAGAAGAAGAAGUUGGAAAUCCAAGGCAAGCUCUACUUGGCUCCAUUGACCACGUGCGGUAACCUCCCUUUCCGAAGGAUAUGCAAACGCUUUGGGGCAGACGUCACCUGUGGAGAGAUGGCUGUGUGCACAAACCUGCUUCAGGGCCAGUCCUCUGAGUGGGCUCUCCUCAAACGGCACCACACUGAAGACGUUUUUGGGGUGCAGCUGGAGGGAGCGUUUCCGGACACAAUGACCAAAUGUGCAGAGCUCCUGAACCAGACAAUUGAUGUGGACUUUGUGGACAUCAAUGUUGGGUGUCCCAUUGACCUGGUCUACAAGAAGGGAGGAGGCUGUGCUCUGAUGACUCGGACCAACAAGUUUGAACAGAUUGUUCGAGGGAUGAACUUGGUGCUGGACGUCCCGCUGACCGUGAAGAUACGGACAGGGGUGCAAGAAAAGAUUAAUGUGGCUCAUAAAAUAAUCCCCAAGCUCCGGGAGUGGGGAGCAUCCAUGGUGACGCUUCAUGGCCGGUCCAGGGAACAGCGGUACACAAGGGUUGCUGACUGGGACUACAUAGCAGAAUGUGCUAAAAUAGCAAGCCCCAUGCCUCUUUUUGGAAACGGUGAUAUUUUGUCUUUUGAAGAUGCUAAUCAAGCCACGCAGAUGGGUGUUUCAGGAAUUAUGAUUGCAAGAGGAGCGCUCAUCAAACCAUGGCUUUUCACUGAAAUUAAGGAACAGAGACACUGGGAUAUUUCCUCCAGUGAGAGAUUUGAUAUCCUUAAAGACUUCACCAACUAUGGCCUUGAGCACUGGGGAUCAGAUACUCAGGGAGUUGAAAAGACCAGGAAGUUCCUGCUGGAAUGGCUCUCAUUUCUGUGCAGGUAUAUUCCAGUUGGAUUAUUAGAACACCUACCUCAGAAAAUCAACGAGCGGCCACCUUACUACAUUGGGAGAGACUAUCUGGAGACGCUGAUGGCAAGCCAAAAUGUGGAUGAUUGGAUUAAGAUCAGUGAGCUGCUUCUGGGACGUGUACCUACCAACUUCACCUUCCUGCCUAAACACAAGGCAAAUUCCUACAGAUAGGACUGAUGAGGCAGUUUCCUAUGGCAUCAAGUCAAGGGAAGGCAUUAACGUGGUGUGUGUUGCAGAGCAGGUUGCUCAGCUACGCAAAGAAAUGAAAUAAAGUUUUAUGUUUUUAGAA